AUGAUCUUGGAAGUGUCAGACAAGCUGUUUCUAGUGUUGAAACGAGGAGGAGUGCAGAAAAGAUGGCCCCAAUGGGACCUCUGCUACUACAGCUACUACUACUCCUACUCCUACUCCUACUCCUACUGCAACUACUACUACUACUACUACUACUACUACUACUACUACUACUACUACUACUACUACUACUACUACUACUACUACUACUACUACUCCUGA